AUGGAAAACUCAGACUCUGACGAGCCAGAGAAGAAGAGGCCUCAUUUAAACUCACUUUCGCCCACCAUGGCUCGUAGCUCCACCACUUCUCCACCCAAUAACCAUAGCGUCGAUGCAGCAGUUCUCCAGUACCAGAACCAGAGACUUCUUCACCAAAUAGACAAACAGAAGCAUGAUUUGCAGGAUCUUGAAGCCAAAAUUAAGGAACUAAAGGAUAAGCAAGGUUCUUAUGAUGAAAUGCUAAUCACAGUGAAUCAAAUAUGGAAUCAGUUGGUUGAUGAUUUAAUUCUUCUUGGACUAUGUGCUGGAGGAAGCCAAAAUGCUUUACAAAUUUUAGAUGGCACUGAUUAUUCUCGUGGUUCAAUUCCAUCAUGUUCUGCGGAGGAGAUGUUUCUUUGUAGACUCCUACAGAGAGAUUCUAUAGAAGCUAAUGGCAAUGAUGAAAUUGCUAAAUAUGUUGAAGAAGCUCUCACUUUGCGUCAUACGUCUACUAGGGAGUUGUUAAAACUCUUGGAACAUACCAUUUAUUCUCAUAGGGAAAAAACAGAGAGCAUGGUCCACACUUUGGAUGGGAAGAUAUCUUCUGAAGAUGCUAUCAUCCAGUUACCUAAGAUUGAUGAUAUGAUGGAGAGGGAGGUUAAAAAUCUGCGGGAAGCGAUUGAUAUUCUUCACGUGAAGCAGAAAGAGUAUGCUGAUGUAAUUCGGACUUACCUUAGCAGCCAGUCAACAGAUCAGUCUGAAAUUAGCCGCAUUACAGGUGAGCUGGAUGACAGCAUGACUGAACUAGAGGAGAGUAGGAGGAAACUAGUGAAUCUGAAAAUGCAAAAGGAUGUCGCAUCUGGGAUGCAUAACCUUACUUCUGGUGCAGUGAAUGGAACCCUAUCACCUGAAAAAUCAACAGAAAGGACAAUAAGCUUGCGGGAACUAAGAAAUUCAAUCGAGGAAACAAAGAUACUAGCAGCUGACCGCCUUUCUGAGUAUCAAGAGGCACAUGAAGAAAAUUUAACGCUGUCAAAACAAUUGCAAGAAUUUCAGAAUGAAUUGAAGGAUGACAAAUUUGUACAUUCAUCAAGACUUUACACUAUGCGAAAUGAUCAACUCCAACAUUGGAAUGUUGAAGUGGACCGAUACAAAGCAUUGACUGAUUCUUUGCAGGCUGAUAGGGCUCUUGUUGUGAGAAGGGAGAAGGACCUAAAUGUCAAAGUAGAGUCGGCAGAUGCAAUUAGGAAUUCAAUUGGCAAUACUGAUUCUAGGAUUGAAGAACUAGAACUUCAGCUGCAGAAGUGUAUAAUUGAAAAAAAUGACUUGAGAUAA